AUGAUGCUGCAGCCCGUCUUCCAUUCGAUGCAGGAUUUGAGGUUGUGGGAAUCAUUGCAGCAGUUGGGGACUCGGUCAAUGACUUGA